GACCCAGUAUUGUGAGCUAUCGCAUAUAUCAGCCUUGAAUUACUUCUAACACGAAGAGGACUCGGUAAUCAUGGAGACGCCCGAAGAAUAUGUUGACAGCGGAAGUAACAUGCAACAUCGUGACGUUCAGGACAUCAUAGAUGAAUUUAAUUGUGAACUAUCAAACAUGCGUGGAAAAUGUUUGGAUAUCGGUUCUGGCCCAGGUAACAUUACUAAGGAGCUGUUACUUCCGACCUUGCCACACGAUGCGGAGGUAGUAGGCGUAGAUGUAUCCGAAACAAUGGUGAAUUACGCCAAUCAGAAAUAUAGUGACGAAAAACGAUUGUCCUUCGAUAUUCUGGACAUCGAAACAUCGGAAUUGCCAAGUGACCAAAUCGAGCAAUAUGACAAUGUCGUGUCUUUCUAUUGUCUGCAUUGGUGUAACGAUAUAUGGCGCGCUUUAGAGAAUAUUUACAAGUUACUGCGACCAAAUGGAAAAGCGCUUAUGAUGUUUAUUGGAUAUCAUUCUGGAUUCGAGGCAUACCUACAUCUCAAGCAGUGUCCACGAUACCAAUCUUAUCUCCAGGAUGCACGUCGUUACGUGCCGUAUUUCCAACGAAGAAUGUGCAAAGAUAUCAGAGCGAGUUUGCGAAAAAUGCUCGGGGACGUCGGUUUUGAAAUUCUGCACUGCAGCAAAAGGGAGAAAAGUUAUCACUAUAGCAAACAAAGCCUCAAAAACCACGUGUACGCUGUUAAUCCUUUCAUCAAACGGAUCCCCGAUGAUAUGAAAGGUGAAUUUAUAGACAACUUGCUAAACGAAAUCAUGAUCCAUAAUGCUCUGAUUCCGCUUAAAAGCAAAAACAGCCAAGAAUACUUAAUAUUACCAUAUUACCUGCUAAUAGCAUACGUACAAAAACCACCAUCAGCUAUUUGA